UCACUUUGCGUAUCUUCUCGACACAGCUGGUUCACGUUGCUGCGUAAGAUGUUAUUUACGAUCAACAUGGGAGUCACUGAUGGACAAUACGAGAGUUCUUAGGCUGUUACCAUUUACCUUUUUAAAAAUAACCGCUGUGUGUGUCGAUAAAAAAACAACGGAUCUCCAUAUUUUGGCCGCACAUUACGGCUAUUUCAUGGAGCAAGGGACGCGGGAGAGGUUGUCAGGCUGCGGGGUCUGGACGUCAGCAGCUGAGCCCCCGAGACGAGUGCGAUGUUAGCAUGCUAGCUGUGGCGAUGAUGCGCUGACUUUUAACUACAAUUUGUUGUCCUGCUCGUUUCGCUCAUCAUGGCGACCAAUGGGGGCGACCUCACGACAGGGAUGGGGGAAAUAAUCCAGCUGAACGUAGGUGGGACACGGUUCAGCACCUCCAGGCAGACCCUCAUGUGGAUCCCUGACUCUUUCUUCUCAAGUCUGCUUAGUGGAAGGAUAUCCACUCUUCGGGAUGAAACUGGAGCUAUAUUUAUUGACAGAGAUCCUACAGCUUUUGCACCAAUUCUAAAUUUUCUCCGAACAAAAGAACUGGAUCUGCGUGGCGUCAACAUCAGUGUUCUGCGACAUGAAGCAGAGUUCUACGGCAUAACUCCCUUAGUGCGGCGCCUUCUGCUGUGUGAAGAACUGGAUCGCUCAUCAUGUGGUAGCGUCCUCUUCCAUGGUUACCUUCCUCCCCCUGUCAUGCCUGGUCGUAAGUCAAGCACCGCCCCCUCCUCGGACGAGCAUCCAGGCCCCAGCGGAGCGGAGGGGUUCAGCCACGGUGGCCCCCCUCCUAACCCUCUUGUCUCACCUCGAUUAGAUGACACACACAAACUUGGACCUGACCCUCGCAAGGUGCUCAUCAUAGCAGGACACCACAACUGGAUUGUAGCAGCGUACGCACACUUUGUCAUCUGCUACAGGAUAAAGGAAUCUACUGGAUGGCAGCAAGUGUUCUCCUCUCCUUACCUUGACUGGACCAUUGAACGCAUUGCGCUCAACGCCAAGGUGGUGGGUGGCCCCCAUGGAGACAAGGACAAGAUGGUGGCGGCCGCCUCAGAAAGCAGCAUCAUCUUGUGGAACAUCCAAGAUGGAGGCAGCGGCAGUGAGAUAGGUGUGUUCAGCCUCGGUGUGCCUGUGGAUGAUCUCUUCUUCAUUGGAAACCAGCUGGUGGCUACAAGUCACACUGGGAAGGUUGGAGUGUGGAAUGCUGUAACGCAGCACUGGCAGGUUCAAGAUGUUGUUCCCAUCACAAGCUGCGACACAGCAGGAUCCUUCCUCUUACUGGGCUGCAACAAUGGCUCCAUCUACUACAUAGACAUGCAGAAGUUUCCUCUGAGGAUGAAAGAUAACGACCUCUUGGUGACGGAGUUAUAUCAUGACCCCUCCAACGACGCCAUCACUGCGCUGUCUGUCUACCUCACGCCAAAAACCAGUGUGAGCGGCAACUGGAUUGAGAUCGCCUAUGGGACCAGUAGUGGUGCAGUGAGAGUUAUCGUGCAGCACCCUGAGACAGUGGGCUCAGGUCCUCAGCUCUUCCAGACAUUCACUGUACACAGGAGCCCCGUGACCAAGAUCAUGUUGUCUGAGAAACACUUGGUCUCAGUGUGUGCUGACAACAACCAUGUUAGAACUUGGACCGUGACGCGCUUCCGAGGGAUGAUCUCCACCCAGCCAGGAUCCACCCCCUUGGCCUCCUUCAAAAUACUCUCUUUGGAGGAAACAGAAAGCCAUGGCAGCUACUGCUCAGGAAAUGAUAUUGGUCCAUUUGGAGAGAGAGAUGAUCAACAAGUAUUCAUCCAGAAGGUCAUCCCCAUCACUAACAAGCUAUUUGUCAGGCUCUCGUCCACUGGAAAAAGAAUCUGUGAAGUCCAAUCUGUGGAUGGGACCACCAUCUCUUGCUUCAUGGUUCGGGAGUGCGAGGGUUCCAGCCGGAUGGGGUCGAGACCUCGACGCUAUUUGUUCACUGGCCAUGGCAAUGGUAGCAUCCAGUUGUGGGACCUGACCACAGCAAUGGACACGGCCAAUAAAGGAGAGGAGAAGAAGAAAGAAGAUGUUGGUGGACCCACAGAAGAGGAACUGUUGCAACUGUUGGACCAGUGUGACCUGAGCACCUCUCGCUGUGCCACGCCAAACAUUAGCCCCGCCCCCUCUGUGCUGCACCACACACGCCUCAGAGAGUCUUGCUCAAGUCUGCAGCUACAGGCCCAGGAAGCCAUCCCAGAGAACCAGCCCACCUAUGGAGCUGUACGACCUUACAGAGAGAGCCCACUGCUGGCCCGCGCCAGACGAACUGAGUCCUUCCACAGCAACCGAGACUUUCAAAAUUUCAGCCUGAGUCGAGGUGUCCUGGACUGCACUGAUCAGACCACCAGUCAGUCUACUGACGCCCGCCGCUCACUCUGUGACUUCGGGCCUGAGGAGAGCGAGAGGAGGCUGUCGGUCAUGGAGCUGUGGAGCUGCCGCAGCUCCAAUGCCAAUGCUUCGACCAUUUCUGGCAGGACCAAGGUAGACAGCGGGAGUCAGGAAUCUCCACGGCAACCACCUGACAGCCCGAUUCCAGGAGGAGGUGAUGUCAGACGUAAGGUACAGCCACAGCCAGAGGAGGGUGACAUUGUGGGAGAUGGGACGAAGGCAGAGGGAGGUGCGAAGAAGAGGGGAGUGCUGGAUGUGGGCUUUUUAGGGAGGAAGAGGGCGCCGCCGGUACCCCUUCUGUCCUCUGGAUCUGAAGGUGGAGGCAGCGACUCCUCGGCAAACGCUUCUCCAUCGCCAACCAAACUGGUCUCCUCCACCUCACCACGACACAGGAAGCUGGCCAUGGAGUCAUCAAGUCAGGACAGCAGCCUCUGAGUCAGCAGUCCAAAGACUGAUUGUGAGUCUCUCUGUGUGUCUGUCCUGUCUUAGACCCCAGCUUCCGUGUUACUGGAAACACUAACAUCAUGGAAGAUAAAGCCUGUUUGCUCAGAGUCAAAUGGUACAAAAAACAUUCAAGUUCAAAUUAAUUGAAAACAUGCUUAAUAGACACAGCAUGUUUUUUUCUGGCAGCAUCAAAAACACUGACAGUCUCAGAGGUGUGUUGGUUGCGCAAGAGUCAAGAUGUACAUCAGCAAAGCACACAAAGAUGACAAGAUGGACACAUAGCAACAAGAUGUCUGCUUCCCGCUCAUGUCUGCAUCACAACUUGCGUUAAUAAUGUGAAACAUUAUUAUUCUCAUACUUUAUUUAUUGCCACGAGAGGCACUGACAUUCAAGUUCAAAGCAUGCAGUUUUUUUCCCUGUGGGAUAAAAUUAGCCUGAAAUGUCACAAUAAUAUAAGGGUAUUGUGACAAGUAAAUGUUAAACUCCUUUAAGUAAUACAGUACUCGUUUUUUUAAUACUAAUCCUGGUGUACACCAUUAUUUUUCACUUUAUUUUCUAAAAUAUUAUAUAUUGUCACUUCUUCGUUCACAGUGGUGCCUCUGCCUGUGCAAGAUUACUACUCAAAUUCUUAUUUAUUUUUGUACAGUUUUACAAUGAUCCUACACUACAUCACUUUAUCGCUACUUGUUGUGUGUGUCUGUGUGUGUGUGCCUUAUUCAACAUGUUUAUCAGAGUGUUUGUGUGCUUUAAAAAGAAAUGAAGGUGUCACAUGGCAAACUGACUCCAGGCUCAGAGAUGAAUUGGAUAUUGUAAAGAGUAUAUUCUAACUGGAGUUUGUGCAGGUGUCCAAAGAGAAUCUUCUAAUUAGCUGCACAUGGUACUUUACAUAAAUCCCCUUACUAGAAAACAGACAAACUCAAGAAACGACUACCUAAAGAUGUCGUGUGCAACAUGUUUGUCUUGCAUUUAUAGCAUUUUUUUUUUUUGUGUCUGAAGAAAAAGAUACGAGGUCUGUCCUUGUACAAACAUGUUCACACACUAAACAACUGAAUGGAAAUGAAAAGAUUCCAUGUGAUGGAUUCAUAUAUGUGAUGCUUUGUUGUCUUUUGUGUAUUGUGAAUCAUACAUUGUAUCUGCUAUUGGACCUGACUGCAUUUGCACUAUAAAGACUCAUUUUAUUUUAUUGACAAGAUCCAAAUAUAUGGAUGUAUUAACAUUAUGUUGUGUUUACAUUCUAGUGAGAAAGACAGCAUACUGUACAUGUCUGUUAUAAUAAUAAUAAUAAUACAUUUCUAUCAUUGCUUUUAGUUUUUUGUUGUAUGCUUGAAAUGUUCUAUUUGAAGAUGACGGACAGCAGCGUUACCUAAAGCUUAUUGAAACGGGACACUCCAAUAAAUACUACAGUAAUCAAGUAAAACAA